AUGACAUCAAAAGUAAUGAACGGGGAUAACUGGAAUGAAAAAUGGCCUAAACAAUCACAAGCUAAUAAAACAAUACGUCGAAAUAGUAAGCGAACUGAAAAAUUAAAAUUAUCAAACUCAUCUAAAGGAACAACACCUAGAGAAAAAACUCUUAGAAGAUUGGAAAGCAACGAGAGAGAAAGAAUGAGAAUGCACAGUUUGAAUGAUGCUUUCCAGUCUUUACGUGAAGUAAUUCCACAUGUAACGAAAGAAAGGCGAUUAUCUAAAAUUGAAACUUUAACUUUGGCAAAAAAUUAUAUAGUUGCCCUUACUGAUGUAAUAUGUGCCAUGAGAAAUGAAGAAAAAGCUAUAGAUCCACAAUCAGAAAUUUCUGAAUCUCAAGAAUCAUCAAAAAAUAUGAAUAUUUGUCUAAAUAUGAAUAUUCCAAUUCCUUCAAAAUCUUGUAGUUAGGAGAAUAUAAAUAUUUAUUGAAAUUAUUAUUCUUUGCAAAGAAACAAUUCUAAAAACAAUUAGGCAAGUCUCAAAAAUAAUAUAAUAUAUUUCUUAAUAUUAAUAGGAAAAAUAAUAUUGACAUAAUAAAUUAUUUUAUUAAAUUUUUUUUAAUAAGAAUUUAUUUUCACGUAUUUAAUUAAAUAAUUUAUAGUAAAUCAAAAAAUAAUAAAUUUAUAUAUAAUAUUCAUUUUAUCUAUUUUAAUUUUAUUUUUUUUGUUCAAUAAUAUUAAAGAAAUUAUAGUGCCAAAGAACAUAAUCAAAUUUUCAAAUAAAAUAUUGUGUUAUACAUUAUUUAUAAUUUAUUUAUAUAUUAAAUUAUAUUUUAUCUAUUAAGAAAAAUUAAUAGUAUAAUAUAAAAAAAUAUUUUAUUUAAAUUAUAAAUUAUAUUGUUAAUAUAUAUAGUAAUUAAGAAUGCUUACACUAUAAUUUAUAAUUAUGUAAAUUAAAUAUUAAAAUUAAUAAUUAACAAAUAUGAACAAUUUAUAGAAUAUAUAAUAUUAUAAUUUGUUAAAUGAUAUUAUUUUCCAUAUAUUUAUGUAUAAAGAAAGAAAAAAUAAAAAUAUAUUUUACUUAUAUGUUUA